AGUUAAAAGUGCAGUUUAAUGUACAACCCAGAGCCGAUAAAAUAAGCGAAAUAUCUCCUGAACAUGACGUCUAUUUCAGAGGACAGCGAUAAGGAGAAGGCACGUUCUGUAUCUGUUGACUUGAACAAUGAUGCAUCUCUCCUCAUUGAUAUUCCUGAUGCCCUCUGUGAAAGGGACAAAGUCAAAUUUACCGUCCACACCAAGACCACACUUAGUUCCUUUCAGAAGCCGGACUUUUCUGUGCCACGACAGCAUGAAGAUUUCAUCUGGCUCCAUGAUGCAAUUGUGGAGACUGAGGAAUAUGCUGGCCUCAUUAUCCCUCCUGCCCCACCAAAACCUGACUUUGAGGGUCCCCGAGAGAAGAUGCAUAAGCUGGGAGAAGGGGAGUCAAGCAUGACAAAGGAGGAAUAUGCCAAAAUGAAGCAGGAACUUGAGGCGGAAUAUCUUGCUGUUUUUAAGAAGACUGUGCAGGUUCAUGAAGUGUUUCUUCAGCGACUUUCCUCCCAUCCCAGCUUCAGCAAGGAUAGAAACUUCCACAUAUUCCUGGAAUAUGACCAGGAUCUCAGCGUGAGGCGGAAAAAUGCCAAGGAAAUGUUUGGUGGUUUCUUUAAGAACAUGGUGAAGACCGCUGAUGAGGUCCUCAUCUCAGGGGUCAAGGAGGUUGAUGAGUUCUUUGAACAGGAGAAGACUUUUCUGCUGGAUUACUCUAAUAAAAUCAAAGAUUCCACAGCUAAGGCUGAGAAAAUGACCCGUUCACACAAAAAUGUUGCUGAUGAUUAUAACCACAUUUCCGGGGCUCUGAACAGUGUUGCAGCUGACAACAACUCUGCCUUUAAAAAGCACUUGGAAAAAUGUGUUGAAGUAUUUGAAAAGCUUAGAAAAGUCGAGGACAGGGUGGCAUCAGAUCAGGAGCUCAAGCUGACAGAAUUGUUGAGAUACUACACAAGAGACAUCCAAGCUGCUAAGGACCUGUUGUAUAGACGUGCACGGGCACUUGCAGAUUACGAGAAUUCCAAUAAAGCUCUCGACAAGGCACGUCUAAAAGGAAAAGAUGUCCCACAGGCUGAGGAGAACCAGAAGCAGUGUCUUCAGAAGUUUGAUAGGCUUUCAGAAUCUGGCAAGAAAGAGCUCACCAGCUUCAAGGCAAGACGUGUAGUAGCCUUUCGUAAGAACCUGAUCGAGAUGACUGAGCUGGAAAUAAAACAUGCCAAGAACAGCAUGUCCACUCUGCAGGGCAGCAUUGAGCUGCUGAAAAGCAACUGACCCACACGAUGAUGACGUCGCUGCACCAUCGUGAGCUCCUAGCAUUGUUACCUGCCCAUUAGAGUGAAACCUAAAUGCACCUACUUCAGUUAUCCCUAACGUGGUUCACUAACCACUUUAAAACAUGAAAAAGAGCAACUGCAGUGUUUACACUUUGCCUCGUUUUUUCCUGCUUAUGUUCUUUUUCACUGCCAGUACCAUCUCAUGAAAUUAAUGCAGUGAUUACAACCUGAAAGCUCUCUAAUAUGUUCACUUAUGAGUUGUUAAAUCCCUGCAUUAGCCGCCGUUUUUUACAUAUUCCAAGUUAUGCAAAUAUUAGCUGAUAUAUUCUAUCUGAGAUUAUGCAGACACAUAAAGUACCACUAUGACAACAAGUGGAUCAUUUCAGUGAUUUUUCUGCUGUUUUGACUGCAGUUUUGUACCUUUAAAUGUGAUUAAUCUGCCUUUUUUCUGGCACACUGGAAAGCUGAUGCGUACUAAUCAUAAACUAUUAAACAAAACUUGACCUGUGAUGAGAAACAGAGCAGUAUAUCAGAAGUGUUAUGUGAAAUGUAAUGCUUCAGAUAUCUUUCCUCCUAAUAUUUUUUUGUUGAUUUGAGAUUCGUCCGAAUGCAUUACUCUGCAUUACAGAUUGCUGCACACAAAUGUACGUUUCAAGAGAAUGCUGACGUUAAUUUACGAUCACAUUUUUUGCCAAAUUACACUUCCUUUUACUUUAAAUGAAAAGGACUGACUGAUGUCCCCAGUUGUUGUGUGUGAAAUGAGGUAAAUAAGUGAGUAUCAGUAGUAAUAGUUCAUCAUAUUGUUUAUGGUUUACACAGUAAUGAAUAAGAUGGUGCUUCCAUUUAUGUGUAUGCAAGAAACUGUUUUCCUCAAUUAAGCUACGUUUCCACAGAACUCAUCCUUUUCUGAAAACUCAAGUUCAAUUUGAUACUUUCGACACCUUUUCUAUUGGAUAUAAAUCAGCGUUCCUUAUUCAAAUGUAUUUUUUACUCCGCUAAAUGUUGUUACUAAAACUCUAAGACUUGCUACAUUUAAGUUCAGUGGACCAAAAUAUGUGUUAAGUUUGGUUUUGUGGAGUGCCACAAAAAUAUGUAACUGCUGUUCUGAUUAUGGAGAUUAUGUUUUGUAAAGCACUAUUGCAAUCACGUGCAACUCAGCGAAGAUAAAUUUUAUAAAUGACUGAAAAGAUGGGACGUCAUUUUCGUAUGGAUUACCCUUAUUUUUAUGAAAGCUUGCAAUAAAUGAAAAUAAAUAUUC